AUGAGCGCCCAACCCUCAUCGCUCGGCACCCUGGUGAAGCUGCCUGGAGAACUACGAAACCAAAUUUACGACGACGUCUUCUCACCAGACCCAGGACCAAUUCCUCUUCUCACGGCCAAAUUACCCGAAAGCCAUCUCCUGCUCGUCUCCCGCCAAAUCCAUAACGAGACCAGAAAACUUCACCAGGAAGCAUGUGUCCACUUCUGGAGCGAUUCACACUUCCAAGUCACUUUGACGCCACCACACGUACCCGAACAAGUACAACCCGCCAUCGAAGCGCUCCACAGCAUGAGUGACAAAGUUCGCGCGAUGAACGCACAUCAUCUACGCCAGAUUCGCAAGUUGGAAAUCAUCUUCAACGAUCGGACGUACAAGCUAUACGAUCCCGUCGGUAUCUGGUACUGCUCAUCCAGCAAUCCGAAUACUGCAGGCCUGGAGUGGUGUAUACUGAUGCCUGGAUCGAGACGUGGGCAAUGUUACGGAACUCUCGCAGAGGCACACGCGUGGCUUGACCAAUUCGGCGAAUGUCGACAGAUCGCGUCGUCUCGAGGACUGAUCGAAAAGCAGAUUUUGUGCUUCUUGUAUCGACAUCGCCAGAAAUUGAACCCGACUCGGCGCGAACGGAGACGCCGUUCAGAAGUGUCUUUGAUUGUGCGAGACUGGCACCGCAUUAGGAGCGGUGCAGAACGCACUGUGUAA